AUGGCGAAUUUGUGUCUGCUGUCGUUGUUUGUUUCGGGAACAGCCGCGGCAUGCACGUGGCCUGCAGCGUUCAACGGAAGCACGUGGCUCGACAGCGACCUUGGUAGUCUGGUGUUCAGCACAUCCGGCACGCUCACCGGAUUUAGCAUCAAGACUACCGGUGGAGCCUUUACUGCCUCGAAUUGGGAAUGUGCGGACUCGUCUACCUUUAGUAGUGAUAAUAGACUGUUGAUCAGAUCGGCGUCCAGCUACAGUACCCUCGGCCUAACGUUUUAUCUGUACCUGUGUAUGGAUCUCACCAAGCUGACUGAUGCGUCUUACCGAUAUUAUCGCCUGGCUGCUAAAGAGCCGCUAACGGAGCUCGGAGACCGCCUGCAUGGGUCCGAAACCGCCAAUCUGGUAUCAAACUCCGCCGCUUGUAACGCAACUGCCGGUGCUAAUGGUGCAGAGUUCAGUACCCUUGUCAAACAAGGUAGUGAAAGCUCAGCCUACACGACAUGUCCACCGGAACUGCACGGGCACUUCGAGUACGCCAUGGAAAAGCCGAAUACGAUAGAGUGCAAUGACACUGAUCUGAACGUCACUGACCAUUUGGACGGCUGCACGGACAGAACCAAGUUGACCAUUACGUCGACGUGCCCAACUUCCCCGGUGUAUGCGUCUGGGAGCGUAUACUGCGUAGCAAUCGUGACUGUCGGAACCGACACAUUUGUGCAGCUGUUUAACCCACAGACCACUGUCAACGACAACACCACUUUCCGGUUUUCAUGCAUGGCGAUCUCUACGGGUGGUGUGAGCGCAACGGUUGUCUAUAGCAACUGCAUCUCAUCAAUGACCUCGACCCAGAUCGCUACAAUUGGCACCCAGGUCAUCGGAUGGAAGCUGGUUCUCAAAAAUGUCGGUAAGGACCGCGAUCUAUUUCAUAAGUCUUUGCUCUACCAGAACAUUAAGUAUUUGUUCAAGUAUUUAUCAGUCGGAUUAAAUGCUUUUGUCGGAGGACCAUUUAAAGCUUAGGCGUGACCAUAUGUGCCGUUUGUUAAAUAAACUAAAAAAACACAUAUCCACUAUG